AGUGCUGUUCUUUAAUUUCUCUUAGACUUUAUUGUCCAUAUCGAAGAACAUAUCUGAUAUGAAAACUUUUGUUUGUUGUAUUUUUUAUCCUGUGGCGUUGAUAUUUCUGUUAUCAGAUGUGAAUUGUAGCAGUUAUACAAAGCAGAUAGCUGAGUCUAUAUUAACUGACUACGACACAGGACUUCGACCAGUAUGUGAAGGAAUUACACAAGUAAAUCUAACAAUGGGCGUGGCUGUCAGACAACUGAUAGGUUUGGAUGAACCAAACCAGGUAGUAAAAUUAAACUUAUGGGUGCGAUUGAAAUGGAAUGACUGUUUAUUACAAUGGAAUGCUAGCGACUUCAAUAAUACGCAAUACAUCAUUGUGCCAAUCAAAAGGAUCUGGGUGCCAGAUGUAACACUCUUUGACAGUAUUACCAUUGAACUUUCCGGUAUGAAAAGUUAUAAAGCUAUUAUCUAUCCUGAUGGAACAGUCUAUUACAACUUCCCAACGCUCAUCGAAUCCAUUUGUCCUAUAGACGUUACCAGCUUUCCCUUUGAUUCUCAGAUGUGUCCUCUAGUUUUUGGUUCAUGGGUAUACCAUGGGUUGCAGCUUGACAUUCAGCCAAGGAAUAAUCCUGGUGAUUUAUCAUCUAUGAAGAAGAAUGUUGAAUGGAUAAUUGAAAAGGUUGAAGUUGAGAGACAUGUUCUUAAAUACGGAUGUUGUCCGGAACCGUAUCCAGAUAUUACAUUUUAUAUUUACUUGCAACGUAAACCAGCAUAUUAUGUAACAAACAUCAUUAUACCUUCACUUAUUAUUACCGUGCUUGCUAUCCUUGGCUAUUUCCUGCCAGUAGAAUCUGGAGAAAAGGCGUCUUUAGUCAUCACAAUCAUGCUAUCCUUGUCAGUUUUCCAGUUACUUGUAGCCGACAAGUUACCACCAUCCGCUGACGCAACACCUUGGUUAAUGUUUUUCUUCAACUUUAUUCUUGGGAUGUCUGCCGUUUCCACAAUGAUCCAGGUAGCUGUUAUCAAUACUUAUUACCGUGGAGAGAAGGUUGUGUCAGCAUGGAUGACAAAGUAUUUUAUAGUACCACUGUGUUUCAUAACAAUGGUCCAGAUUCCAGGAUAUAACUCACCUAAAUGUAUCAAAAAGAACCAAGUUGAAGAUAUAUUCGAGAAAGACAAAGAACCGACUAAUACGGCUUUAUGGAAGUGUUUUUCUGUUGCACUAGACAGACUUGGCAUACUUUUAUUUGUAUUCACUGUAACUGUAGGUUGUGGAUGUGUAUUUGGACGAAUAACAUCAUAACAAUUUAUGACAACAGGUCUUUUCAUACGUAUGAUG